GAGACAUCUGACCAGCGAGCUAAAGGCUUCCUCCCAGUGUGGCAGAGUUUCACCUGGGGCGGGCGGCAGCUGCCACCAUGGCAGCAGCAACGGGCUCUGCUGCGGUAAAAGCUGCCAAGUCCUGCAAAAAGUACCGAACGGUGAAGCGGCACGCCGGCAUCUACACCUACCAGGAGCCACCCCACAGCAAUUCAGAUGACGAUAUUGGUGAAGAAAAGGCUGAGAGCCAUGACCCGGAGCAGAUCUUUCAGAACAUCCAGUACCAGAAGGAGAUUAUGUCCAACAUCCGCUGCCGGCCGUGGCCAAUGAGGCAGAAGCUGAGGGCACUCAGACAGGCAAAGGAGAUUGUGCUGAAGUACGAAGGGAGGCUCACUAGAACAAGGGGUUACCAAGCCGCUGGUGCAGAGCUUUGGAGGAAGUUUAUUCGACUUGCAUAUAAUUUUGUGGUAAUCUUUAUUCCUUGGGAAAUGAGAAUAAAGAAAAUUGAGAGUCAUUUUGGGUCUGGAGUUGCCUCUUACUUCAUCUUCUUGAGAUGGCUAUUUGGAAUCAAUAUUGUACUUACCAUAAUGACGGGAGCAUUUGUAGUCUUACCAGAGCUACUGGCCGGAGCCCCAUUCGGCAGCACAGUGAGCAAGACCAUUCCCAAGGAGCAUAUUGCGUCUGCUCAAGACCUGGACACCAUCUGGUCACUAGGGGGCUACCUCCAGUACUCUGUUUUGUUUUACGGCUACUACGGUCGUGACAGGAAGAUUGGGAAAGCUGGGUAUCGGCUGCCUCUUGCCUACUUCCUCGUUGGAAUGGCAGUGUUUGCUUACAGCUUCAUCAUUCUCUUAAAAAAAAUGGCAAAAAACUCAAGAAUGAGUUUAGCAAGUGCCUCUGAUGAAAACUAUACUUUCUGUUGGAGACUAUUUUGUGCUUGGGACUAUUUAAUAGGAAACCCCGAAGCUGCAGAGAGCAAAGCUGCUGCCAUAGUUAAUAGCAUUAGGGAAGCUAUAUUGGAAGAGCAGGAAAAGAAGAAAAGCAAAAACUUGGCAGUGACCAUAAGCUUAAGAAUUAUUGCAAACAUCCUUGUGCUUCUUUCUCUUGCUGGUAGUAUUUACAUCAUAUACUUUGUCGUGGAUCGAUCCCAAAGGUUAGAGCGCACCAAAAAGGAAUUGACUCUUUGGGAAAAAAAUGAGGUAAGUGUAGUUGUGUCACUGAUUACAAUGAUUGCACCCUCUGCUUUUGAACUUGUGGCAGCUCUGGAAAUGUAUCACCCAAGGACUACUCUUCGCUUCCAGCUUGCCAGGGUUCUUGUUCUAUACCUGGGAAACCUCUACAGUUUAAUCAUUGCUCUCCUGGAUAAAGUGGAUAGUAUGAGUGUCACUGACUCUGACGUUAACAACAAUGCAAGUAAUUCUACCACCUUCUUAGUAACCAAAACUCUUUCUAGAGAAGACAAUUUAUCUACAACUACUCCUGAUGUACAAAUUCAGAGAAACAGCAUUGUCACAUUGGAAGAGAGUCGCACUCAAGGCUCGACAGUGUCUGAGUCACUGGUUAACAAAACAAUUUCCUUUAACACCCAGAACCCACAAGAUCAGUGCUGGGAGACAUAUGUUGGUCAAGAGAUGCUAAAGCUUUCAAUUAUCGACAUGAUAUUCACAGUCGCAAGCAUCCUACUAAUUGAUUUUUUCCGAGGGUUGUGUGUCCGAUAUUUAAGUGAUUGCUGGUGCUGGGAUCUAGAAAGCAAGUUUCCAGAAUAUGGAGAAUUCAAAAUUGCAGAGAAUGUAUUGCAUUUAGUCUACAACCAAGGAAUGAUCUGGAUGGGAGCUUUCUUUUCACCUUGCUUACCAGCAUUCAAUGUUCUCAAGUUGAUUGGACUCAUGUACCUGAGGAGCUGGGCUGUGUUAACGUGUAAUGUACCACAUCAGCAGGUUUUCAGAGCAUCUCGAUCCAAUAAUUUCUACUUGGCCAUGCUGCUGUUCAUGUUGUUCUUAUGCAUGUUACCAACAAUUUUUGCUAUUGCCCGAUAUAAGCCAUCUUUAAGCUGUGGUCCCUUCAGUGGACAAGAAAAAAUAUAUGAUAUUGUUUCUGAAACAAUUCAAAAUGAUUUUCCCACAUGGUUCAACACAGUGAUUACCUACAUCAGCAGUCCUGUGGUGGUCCUCCCUGCACUACUACUUUUAUUCAUGCUAAUCUAUUAUCUACAAAGUAUUGCACGAUCUUUAAAAUUCACCAACAAUCAACUGAGAAUGAAGAUCCAAACAGAAAGAACUGAAGAUAAGAAAAAGGUGGUUCAGAUGGCAGUAGCCAGAAUCCAAAAUCUGGAUGGGAAUGACAAGAGACCAGAGCAAGAAAGUGAUAUUAUCAGCCAGGAGUCUUCUGUUUGGUCCUCAACUCCCCGAAAGAACGGCACUGUCUUGAACUUUGAAUCUCCUGUGAGCAAAGGCACCAGAAUACAAACCAUUUCCCAGUCUGUGCCACAAACUGUGCCCUCAACUGAUGCUGCAAGACCCGUCAACACAACUCCCACAACUUCAAGCUCUUUAACGCCAGCUCCCUCAGUAUCAAGUGUACAGAAACCAAGAAAUGAUCAUAUUGCGAACAGGUACCCAAGUGUUGUGCAUGGCAGUGCAAGUGAGCUUUGUAAAACAAAGCCCUACACACCAGUGACUUUCAAAAAGCCCAAUGAAGAUGUUCAUUCUGAGCCUCUCUUCAGAAAAGGCAUUCGGCAGGUAAAUACGGAUGCCCUUGGGGCAGGGGCUCCUGUUUUUGUGGGACGUAGACCAUAUGCUACCAGGUAUUUUCUUGUUAAUGAAAAUGAGACUCGCAAAAAAUCGCUCCGUUCUGCCUCCCGACUCCAACGGCACUUCAGAAAGGAAGAACUGGGAGACAUUAUUGAGUUGUAUCCACGCAAUGUCAGAAGAUACGUGAUUCGAACGCCACACCAGAUGUAUUCCCCUCAUCUCAGUGAAGAUGAAGAGGAUGAAGUGGAACUUGGGAGAGAAUUCAUGAACAGAUCCCAUCGCCCGCGCUCACUGUCUGAUCUUCACCCAGCACCACGAUUUUAUAUUGGGGAAUGUGCUGAUGGCCACAUUCUUAUGAGCAAGGAUCUAGCCAGAGUGCAUUACAAAUCCUGGGAUGAUGGUUUUGAGCUAGACCUGAACAGGCCUCCAUAUGCUUACAAGAAAGUGCACCUGAACUAUCCUGAGCCACGUGCGAAACCAAAAUCAAAGCAAAAGUUGGAGCAAUCUCUAACAGAAUCUGAUUCCAUUUCCAUUGAAUCCAGCAGUGAUCCGCAGAACAGCAGCAAUGACCAGUAUAUCCAGGUCAUUCAUAGCAAGGAAAAGUAUCCGAAACCUGGGACAAAACUCAUCAAAAAGAAAUCAAAAAACAGUGUUGAUUUGUCAGAGCCUAAUGAACUGGUAUGCUCAAAUGUCUGAAGAAGUGCCCCAACCUUUUUGUGUUUUCAGCAGCUGUUCAUGUAUGUGUUGUACUUGCUGUUCGAGGUCUAUCAGAAUCGCUACAACGUGGUCUUUGCAACAAUGUACUCAGCCACACAAAGUGGGAAAAGCAUAGUUAGCCUUGUCUUUCACUGUUCACUGUACCUUGCCUUAACACCUCAACUGCUACAUUGCAAAUUGGAAUAGAACAUUAUUCCAAUUUAUUACUUACUGUUAUGCUGUUAACCGAACAAAAUCCCCCCAUACUGGAAAAUCAAAAGCUAUGUACUUGGGGCACUUUAAUUAAACUGGUACAAAAAUA